AUGCACAGACUGAUCUGUAUUUCUUUAUGCCUGGUUUUCACGACGCUUUUCGGCUGCACCGCCUUUUACCAACCCAGCGAACAGGAGAAACGAACCGUGGAUGAACUGACCACCAAUAUGCGCACCUGGGCGUUGGGCCGAGGUUUGAUUGACCUGCCCGAGAGCUGGGAAAACAAAGGCGCCGACGUGAAACUGUACUACGGGCUCACUGCCGACCACUCAACCGUAGAAGUUCGAGUGUUGGGCGAAGCGGUAAGUCAAAAACGCUUUGAUGAUGCCUUGGAAGAACGUUCCGCCCGAAUAGCCGCGAAAAAAAACCAUGAACAGCUCGACGUGCCUAUGCUGGUAUCGGCUCAGCCUGUAACUCAACAAAGCAGGCUAUUGCAGUACUACAAAAGCGAAUUUCAACCUGAAAACUUCACCCACGAACUCCAUAUCCUGAUCGAUGACGUCUACGUCAUGCUUCGCGCCGACUCUUAUAACGGCAAGAUCGCACCAGUCGAAGCCCGCCUGACAAAACUCGCUACGCAAAUCUUCAAAGUCAACCCACUAAAUGCCGGUUCCGGUUUUGCCAUGGGCCCAAUCGUGAUCAGAGGCGAUCACGAUCAGGAAAUUGCCACCUUCUAUUUCGGCCCUCCAGCUUCCGACGUUUCACUGGAAGUUUAUGUCAAUGCACUCUCUCCGAGCGAAACCGACAACAUGCAGGCUGGCAUCAAAGCGGAUGCAGGCGUUUUCCUCGCUGGCGAUUACGAGAACCUGCGGGGGCGCUCCAUCACCUUGGCGGACAUGCGAGCAGAAGAAGCCUUGAUUGCUUUUAGCGACGAUACGCACCGUCAAAUACUCUUUAUCAGCGAAAACUAUCGAGACACCCCCUCUCUCAGCCAGCCAAGCAUGCACUUGCGCAUGACCGCCGGAGGCAUGAAAGGUACUCCCUCCGACCCCGGCAAACCGAAAGACCUGGUGCGCUGGUCCCUCCCCAGCUUCGCCCGCAAGGGCUACGACCUUCCUCUCUGGCAACGCCCAGCGAGGCAGGCUCCAGUCAACCCAUCGCUGACCGACUACGAAGCCAUGGCCGUCUGGGACGCCAUCCUCAAAACCGUACGAAUCCGCUUCGGCGCCGUCCCGCCACCCAAACCCGAUCCCUUUUACUCCGUGAUCGUCCCAAGCGAUGAAGAGAUCGCCGAAGGCAAACGCGUACUCGAUGAAUUCCUCGCCACUGGCCCGGAUGGCAAACCAUGGAAACCAGAAGGUUGG